AUGAAGCUCACCGCUGGCUUGCUUCCUGCUCUCGCCCUGAGCGCACAUGCGUUCACCAUACCUUUCAUUGCUCAGUCUCACUUCGACGUCAACGACAUCCUCGCCCUCGUAUCAAAGCUGUUCCCCUUCGAUGUCACCUUAGAGGCUGCUCAGAAACUGAAUGUGGCCGCAGAGGAAGCACUCGCACUGGCUCUGGGGUUCAAGACGACACGGCAGGACCUCAACGACGGGACCUGUGGUGAUCUGUUGGUGGUAUUCUCAAGAGGAACGCAGGAACCGGGAAAUGUAGGAGCCCUGGUCGGACCGCCCUUUUUCAAGGCUCUGGAGGGAGCCUUAGGCAGUUCUCAUACGCUGGGCGUGCAGGGCGUCGACUAUGAUGCGACGGUCACAGACUACCUGGAAGGCGGUGAUCCGGAAGGAAGCCAGGAGAUGGCCUCACUUGUGACCAAAGCCUUGAGCUCCUGUCCCAACUCGAAGAUCGUACUGAGCGGAUACUCUCAAGGUGGGCAACUGGUCCACAACGCAGCCAAAUUGUUGCCAGCAGAGACCAUGCAGGCAGUCAGCUCGGUUGUGAUCUUUGGGGAUCCAGACAGCAGCCAAAGUGUGGAGAAUGUGGAUUUGGAGAAAGUCAUGGUAGUAUGUCACCAGGGGGAUGAUAUCUGCCAAUUCGGCGACUUAAUACUUCUUGAUCAUCUGACCUAUGCUCAAGACGCAGAUACGGCGGCUGCGUUUGUCGUGUCUAAAGCAGGGUUUUGA